GCAGCGCCGCAAAAACGGCGGGUUUCAUUCCAAACGACUUCAAACCAAUACCCGCGUUUUUCAACUGACAACGUUAAAAACCAAAAUUUUAAGCCAAUCAAUCAUCAACGUACAAACGUUUGACCCUAAUCGAUUUUUCACCUCCUUUUUCCUUGUAACAACUCCGUACAACUCCCACCACAAAUUCUCAGUUCGGUACUAACCAAGUUUCCCAACCAUUUUUUUCCUCAGGGUUUUUUCCCAUAUUUUCUACCCUCCAUUCCUCACUUCUUCCAAGAAUUGAAAUCUUUCUUACCAUUUGGGUUUUUUUUUUGCUGGUUCCUCAAUAUCCCGAUCGAAUUUUGAAUCGUACUAUUUGGUGGUGAUUCAUUAUUUUUUUUAGCAAUUUUAAUGGACAGGGCGGAGGUACGGCGGGUUUUCCAGAUGUUUGAUCAGAACGGGGACGGGCGGAUCACGAAGAAGGAGCUGAGGGACUCGUUGGAGAAGCUGGGGAUUUACAUUCCGGACAAAGACUUGAUCCAGAUGAUUGAAAAAAUCGAUGUCAAUGGAGAUGGGUUCGUGGACAUUGAUGAAUUCGGGGCGUUGUACCAGACGAUCAUAGGCGAGAGGGACGAGGAGGAGGACAUGAGGGAGGCGUUCAAUGUGUUUGAUCGGAACGGAGACGGAUUCAUCACGGUGGACGAGCUGCAGUCGGUUUUAUCUUCCUUGGGGCUGAAGCAAGGAAGGACAUUGGAGGAUUGCAAGAUCAUGAUAAAGAAGGUUGAUGGUGAUGGUGAUGGGAGGGUGAAUUUCAAGGAGUUUAAGCAGAUGAUGAAAGGUGGUGGGUUUGCUGCUUUAAGCUCAAAUUAGCUAGCAGAAGCAUUAUUUUUCAUGGUAGUGAUUUUCGAUUUUCCAUUCUCUCCUUCUACACUCCUCCCAUUAUUUGUGUACCCUUAUUUGCCUUCGAGUUUAUUCGAUCGAAGGGCUAGAAAUACAAGGGGUGCAGGAGGGGAAUGCAUGGGGUGUACGAAAAUCAUCACGUUGUUGUUGUUUUUUUUUUUUCAAUAGAGAAGGAGAUACAAAAGAAGAGCAGCCUUGUUGUUUAGAGGUUUAGAGGCCUCUCUCUCUUGUAUAAUUUCAUUUUUAUUUCAAAAGAAUGCAAACUCUUUCAUUUC